CGUGCCUUUGCCUCAACUGGUAAAGACAGUUGUAGAUAAGGCAUUAGAUGAACCAAAUCUCACGGUCAUGGUCCCUCCAAACCUUUCGUCACCUUUUGAAAACAUGCAUAGCCCAGAAAGACCUCCUCACUGGCAAGUCCCUCCACGCCCUCUACGUCAAGUCCCUCGUCCCUCCCUCCACCUACCUCUCCAACCACUUCAUCCUUCUCUACUCGAAAUCUGGUCGCCUCUCCGCCGCCCGCCACGCCUUCGACUGCACCCCAGACCCCAAUGUUUUCUCAUUCAAUGCCAUCAUUGGAGCCUAUGCGAAAGAAUCCAAGACUGAUGUUGCCCACCAGUUGUUCGAUCAAAUCCCCCAACCGGACCUUGUCUCUUAUAACACUCUCAUUUCUGCCUAUGCCGAUCGCGGUGAUAGUGAAUCCGCCUUAGAUGUGUUUGCGGGGAUGAGAGAGACGGGCCUUGACAUGGAUGGCUUCACUUUGUCUGGGGCGAUCACGGCCUGUUGUGAUGACAUUGGCAUGAUUAGGCAAUUGCACUCUUUGGCGGUGUCCGGUGGGUUUGAUUCUUAUGUUUCGGUUAACAAUGCGCUUGUAACGUUUUAUAGUAAAAAGGGGUUUCUGGAGGAGGCGAAGCAGGUGUUUUAUGGGAUGGCAGAGAUUAGAGAUGAGGUGUCUUGGAAUUCAAUGAUUGUGGCUUAUGGCCAGCAUAGGGAAGGAUUAAAAGCGCUGGGAUUGUUUCAGGAAAUGGAACGAAGGGGAUUUGAUGUUGAUAUGUUCACUUUGGCGAGUGUUUUGACUGCAUUUACGUGUGUGGAGGAUUUGUUGGGUGGGCUUCAGUUUCAUGCUAAGUUGAUAAAAACUGGGUUUCACCAGAAUUCUCAUGUGGGUAGUGGUUUGAUUGAUCUAUAUUCCAAAUGCAGGGGUGGUAUGUCACAUUGUGGCAAAGUAUUUGAAGAGAUUCCUGGCCCAGAUUUGGUUCUAUGGAACACAAUGAUUUCAGGAUUUUCACAGAAUGAGAAUUUCUCUGAAGAUGCUCUUGACUGCUUCCGUCAGAUGCAGCGUGUCGGUUACCGCCCUGAUGAUUGUAGUUUCGUCUGUGUCAUUAGUGCAUGCUCCAAUUUGUCAUCUCCCUCUCAAGGAAAACAGAUUCAUGCGCUGGCAAUUAAAUCUGAGAUUCCUUCAAAUCGAAUUUCAGUGAAUAAUGCCUUGAUUGCAAUGUACUCAAAAUGUGGGAAUCUUCAAGAUGCAAGGAGGCUAUUUGAUAGGAUGCUGGAUCGUAAUACUGUCUCUUUGAAUUCAAUGAUUGCUGGUUAUGCUCAACAUGGUAUUGGAACAGAAUCAUUACAUCUUUUUCAACAAAUGUUGGAGACAGAUAUUGUGCCUACUAACAUAACCUUCAUCUCUGUCCUUUCUGCAUGUGCACAUACCGGGAAAGUUGAGGAGGGUCAGAGUUAUUUCAAUAUGAUGAAGGAGAAGUUCGGAAUUGAACCAGAAGCAGAGCAUUAUUCAUGCAUGAUAGAUCUUUUGGGUCGUGCUGGAAAAUUGAGUGAAGCUGAAAGUCUGAUUGAGACAAUGCCAUUUAGCCCUGGCUCCAUUGGCUGGGCUGCAUUACUCGGUGCCUGUAGAACGCAUGGAAACAUGGAGCUAGCUGUAAAGUCUGGCAAUCACUUUCUUCAGUUGGAACCUUCAAAUGCUGCUCCAUAUGUCAUGCUUGCCAAUAUUUAUGCCAGUGCUGGCAAAUGGGAAGAGGUGGCAACAAUUCGAAAGCUUAUGCGAGAUAGAGGUGUGAAGAAGAAACCAGGUUGUAGUUGGAUAGAGGUGAAUAAGAGGAUACAUGUGUUUGUGGCUGAAGAUAGUUCACACCCAAUGAUAAAGGAAAUUCAUGAAUACUUAGAGGAGAUGUCGUGCAAGAUGAAGCGAGCUGGUUAUGUGCCAGAUGUGAGAUGGGCUUUGGUAAAAAAUGAUGAAACGGUGCAGGGAGAGAAGGAGAUUAGGUUAGGGCAUCACAGUGAGAAGCUAGCAGUUGCAUUUGGGCUGAUCUCUACCAAAGAUGGAGCUCCAAUACUUGUGGUGAAGAACCUAAGGAUUUGUGGGGAUUGCCACAAUGCAAUUAAAGUAAUCUCUGCCAUUUCCGGUAGGGAAAUUACUGUCAGAGAUUCUCAUAGAUUUCACUGCUUUAAGGAAGGACGAUGCUCUUGUGGGGAUUAUUGGUAGUAAUAGAUUUUUUUGGUUAGAAUGAAGGAACCGAACUUUGCUUUUACAACAGAGGAACAGGCACCCCCAUGCUGUAUCGGGCCCCAUAGAAGACAUAAUAUCAGUGACUUGUGAAUCAAGGUUAUCUACUAACCAACCCAUGGUGCUGCUCAGACUCACCGACCAAAAUACAAAAAUUCACCAAAAUUGUUAAGCUGUCUCUUGAGAUUUUGAGUUGAUCAACAUUAUUUUCACUCUUGAACCGACGAAAAUAUAGAAUUUCCAUUCUUUCUUUGAGUUUACC